GUCCCCACUGUAUAAUAAUUUGUGUAAAAAAUCUUAAAGGAAACUGGAAAAGGAAAAGGCAGAGACAACAAAAGCAAGAAAAUGUGUGAGAGAGCUUAAUCAUCAACAUUCAACAUAAUCACCUGCCAAUUUGUCUCCUGUUCAUAGCCUCAAUUGAAUCUCCCAAAAUUUUCUCUCAAUUUGCGAGGUGCCUCUUUCUCUAUUCCUUGAAUUUUUUCCGCAAAAAGUGUACUUUUUUGGUUUUGAUCGCGUCUCUUUUCAUUGCAAUUCCUUUGAAUGUUGAUCGGAAUUUGAUGGGUAUCGGUAGGAAGGGUUAAUCCUACGAUAAUGGUUCCUGAGCUUACAUCACUGACCUGAUAAGGUGAUGGCGGGUGAGGAAGAUAUUGAUCUCUCAGCUUUAAAAUCCCAAUUGGCUCAAACAGACGUUACUUGGAAGCUAGAGAUGGAGAAAAGUCAGUCCCAAGUGGAUGCUUUGCAAGCAAAACUGUUGGAGGUAAAAGCUUGUAUUCAAGGAUCAGAGGAAGAUACAAAGAGAGAGUUAGAUGCUCUAUGGCAUAGAGUCAGAACUGCUACAACAUUGAUGACGUACUUGAAAGCUAAAGCCAGAGUCAUGGCUGUUCCAGAUUUGGCCAAUUCCUCAUGCGGUAUCAAAGAACUAGAUGGAGUAGGCCUUGUAGAUAAAAAUGGAAUACCAUUAUCUGGUUGGUCUAGGGAUGUAGAUCUCUCGUCUUUUGAUGAUGCUGAUGAUGAAACAUGGAUUAGACUUUCGAGUAAGCAUGGUCACCUUGCUGAACAAGAAGGAUCUUAUAUGAGUGAACUACUCAGAAGUGUACAGUUGGUUACAGAUGUUAUGGAAAGUCUUGUAAAGAGGGUUAUAAUGGCGGAAUCUGAAACUGCUAUAGAGAAAGAGAAGGUAACGGUAGGUGAAGAAGAGAUUAAGAGGAAGGCGCUCCAGAUCGAAAACAUGUCUGUUAAGUUAGAGGAAAUGGAAAGAUUUGCUCUGGGUACAAAUCUUAUCCUGACUGAGAUGCGACAGAGAGUUGAAGAUUUGGUUGAAGAAACUUCUAGACAGAGGCAGAGAGCUGCAGAAAAUGAGCAGGAGCUUUGUCGUGUUAAGAGAGACUUUGAGUCUCUGAAAUCCUAUGUCAGUAGUCUCAUUAGUGUGAGAGAAACACUUCUAUCAUCAGAAAAGCAAUUCCAGACGAUUGAAAGGCUUUUUGAGCGGCUGGUUGCCAAGACAACACAAUUGGAGAGUGAGAAGACGCAGAAAGAGGUUGAAGUACAAAAACUGAUGGAAGAAAAUGUGAGGUUGACUGCUCUACUUGAUAAGAAAGAGGCACAACUUUUGGCCAUGAAUGAACAAUGCAAGGUUAUGGCGCUUAGUGCUUCAAAUAUUUAGUUUUAUGUGUUUAGACUCUUUGUUCGUUGCGGGGCUUUGUCAUGUUCCUUUGUGGCCCUCCAGCUUAAAAAGUUGAAUGAAACAACUGAAACCCUUCUAUCCAGUAAAUGCAGCUUUGAGAGGAACCUUUGUACCCCUAGUUGUCUUGUACUGCGUCAUUGAUGAUAGCAAAAUUUGUUCUAAAUCUAAUGAAAGGACUACCCACCCCCUUGUCUUGUACAUCUAUGACGAAUUCUGCUUCUAUUUUUCAUUUCACUUUAUUGAAGAUAGCAGUCAGACAAUGGUAUUGAUUGUUGUUUUUU